AGAGAGAGAGAGAGAGACACCGCCCCGGACACACAGGUGUGGGGAAACUUAAGGAUUUGUUUUGGUUAGUUUUACGCACAGGAGAUAUGAGAACCUGGGAAUCUGAGAAUUGUUCACAUCUUCAUCUUUAAAAUGUUCCACCACGGAAACACCAAGAAGUGCUUCACCAUAGAGUCCCUGGUGGGGAAGGGGGUGAGCGGAGAAGGAGGAGGAGGAGAUGAACCGAUCCGACCCACCGCGCUCCGCUUCCCGGACUCUCUGCACCCCGGGGUGUUCGGCUCCUGUUUCCCGGGGAGGACUUCUUCUUCCUCCCUGUACGGAUCCUCCGGGCCGGACAUGGGGCUUCUUCACCCGGACUCACACACGCAGAGUCCCGGGGGAGGACUGCCUCUUCACCCGCUGCAGAUCCCUCCGCAGAGCUUCUUCGGCACCGGGCAGCACCGGGAGCUGGGCUUCUACCCCUGGGUGCUACGGAGCCGGUACAUGGGCCACCGCUUCCAAGGGGACGACGGUAGUCCGGAGAACAUGCUUCUGCACGGCCCGUUCUCCAGGAAACCCAAACGCAUCCGGACGGCAUUCUCUCCGUCUCAGCUGCUGCGUCUGGAGCGAGCCUUCGAGAAAAAUCACUACGUGGUCGGAGUCGAGAGGAAACAGCUGGCGAGCACACUCUGCCUCACAGAGACUCAGGUGAAGGUCUGGUUUCAGAACCGCAGGACGAAGCACAAGCGUCAGAAGUUGGAGGAAGAGUCUCCUGAAGCGCUGCAGAAGAGGAAGGGCAGUCAACACAUCAAUCGCUGGAGGGCGGCCACACACCAGCCGGGGGGCGGGGGGGAGGACGUGGACGUGCUCAGCGAGGACUAGACUGCAGACACACACACAUGAACACACACAUACACACAUAAACACACACAUAUACACACACAGUCAUACUGGUUAGUGUUAGACAUCCAAAAGUGUGUUCAGGCGACUUUUUCAAGUUUACAAAGCUUUUAGAUCCACAGCUAGACCGAAUUCAAUCAAAUGGUCCAUUAGGUGCAUAAAACAUGCAGUCAUUUGGCCAAACAUUUACUAAUCUAAGCCUUAACUGUUGCACGAAUGUUGGUAGAAUAUAACUACAACUACUGCAAUGAGAAAUACAUUGAACUACUAACAUUUGCAUAAAUAAAAAAUAACACAUGUGGUCUAAAUAAUGCACCAAAAUACAAAGUGUGUCACGCUGUUGAUAGAGAAAGAGCGCUAAACCUCCUGACUGUUUAAAAUUAAAUGUUGGAAUUAAAGGGACAACAUACUUUUGUAAAAGGCGGACCCUGAACACACCACAUGCCAACCUUAGUGUGAAGCAGUGAGGAUGAAGAUUCAUAUUUGAUCUUGCCUCGUGCAAAAGUCUGCAGGAGGAUUAUACAGGACUCCAAACAUACCUUACACAAUUGGAAAGUUACCAAAUGUAUCUUUGUAUAACAGAGGAUAUGGCGUCCGUGUUUUAACACUGCUGACAAGCCAACAGGUGGAGGCAGGUGAUUCUGCAAAUCUGCCAAAAACAUGCAGGGUAACAAUGAUGAGUUUAUUAAUCUGUAUCAAAUAUUAAUUUACAGUUUGAUUACGGCUCAGCUCAAAGAUGCAUACUGUGUCUAAAUGUCUCACUAAACUGGUAAGAUAGACAAUGUAAAACAGACACACUGUUAAACUCUUAAUUACAGUAAUAUUCUGACAUUAAAUGUUAAGUUUUGGAUAGUUUUGAAUACUCUUAUCAGAUGAAUAACACACCCACAACACACAUCUACACAGAACAUGCAUACACAUCUCACCUUCCCGAGGACUGAUGGAUGUCCCUGAAGGCAUCACGCUCAUGCAAACAGCAGGAGGUCAAAACUCUGCUGUGAAAGACGAGGAUAAAAAAAAGAAGACACUUUGAUCAGCCACAAAGGAUGGCUACAAACACUGAACCUCCCUUUUGGAGUUGGACUGAAGAGGAUAUUCAACGCUUCCGAGAGGCGAAAAAUAAAAAUAAACGGGACACCAAACGCAGCUGUUGACUGUCGGUGGAUUUUAUUUGGUGCCAAACGAAAAGCCAGAGUUUCCUGGAAAAAAAGAAAGGAUUAAAGUGAGAGAGGAAGCUGGUUUCUGAGCGUCUGUCCGCGACAGACGGCCGCCGGCUCGCAGGAAGUCUGCUCAGCUGAACAACACGUCUGAAAAGAGGAAAAUAUGGUUCCUCCGACGGAGAAGAAGGAACUGAAAAAGUUUUCUGUAACAUUUAUCUGCAACGAUUUGAAAUAAUGAUCCACCUUGAACACUGUCAUGUGCCAACAAAGCAUCUUGGUGUGAUGCUCUUCACACUGCAGGGUUUUAACUUUAUUUGCAUCAAAAUGUCACGUUUUUACACUCGGAGAAUCUGAAUUUGAGUUUUACGAUAAGAGCAAGGUACAACGUGGUCUUUGUCAACUUGUUAAAUUGUUAAAUAAUCAUGGAAUCAACCACAUUUAGCUUCUGAUGAAUGGGAUGAUUGGUCACAUUUAUGAUAUGAUUAUAAUAACGUAAAUUGUCGCAAAAAAACAGUUUUUUAGGAUUUAACCAAUUGUUUCUGUGUUAUUUGACCACAAAAAAUGACGAUUUGUUUUUAAAUCACACUGUUUUAAGUCACUUGCAUGCCUCCACAGUGAACCACAGGCGAGCUGGCAAAGCAUCAUGGGAAGUGUAGUUGCUUUACAAGUUGACAAAGACACGUUUAUUCUCUUAAUUGAAUAAGCAGAACAUCACAGACUGAAUAUAUUUAACAAAUGGAGUUUAAUUUAUGAAUUAAAAGUCACACUUCCUGUUGGAGGAACCUGAUAUUUCUUUUCACAAAGUAUUUUCUGCAGAAUCACCCCAAAUGGAAAAAUAUUUACCUCUAACAUGUUUGUAUAACCCUGACUAUAUUUAAUAUUGUUUUUAUUGUCAACAGAUAUCACGGCUCUCAGCUCCAAGCCCAUUGACAUCAACAUUUAGAAACACUUAUAGUUCCGUUGUUUAAAAAAAGGCUUAAAACAUUUCCUCGAAAGGAUGGAAAUAGUGCCUUUGGGACUAUUUUACGUGGCUUAUCAUUCCUUUUUUAAAUGGGGUUUGUUGACAAGAAUACAAAUAUGAAAUCAUGCAUCCUUCAGGAUUUAUAUUACAUUUUUCAGGGCGGGAUUUUUAAUUCAGCGGCAUCAGAAACCAGCUUUUUAUUCUACCGGUAGUUUGUUUUGGGUGUUUUUGGAAACACAAGAAAAAGUAGGUAUUUAUGUAAAAAAAAGUAUUCUAUGCAUCUGAUGUGUAUAUAAUGAUAAUAAUAAUAAUAUGGAUAAUGGAUUUUUGUUUUUCACUGCAUACGUUCAUCUGUUUGUUUCUUUUUCAUGGACAGAUUUACCUCAUCAUCUCCUUAUGUAGCACUUCUUCUUAGUCAAAUCUAUUUUUUCAUCGUUUUAGGAUCGAAUGCACUAACUGUACGCCUCGUGUCCUUUCCUCGGAACGAAAGGGACGGAAAACGACAGAAGCUUUGUACUUCCUGUGCGGACAUUUGGAAAAAUAUAAAUAAAAUGAGAUUGAAAUCAAA